UGGAGUCCCUGACAGUUCAGUCCGCCGCCGACCUCCGAGCGACAUGUGCCGCUAAUCCGAGGCGAGCACUCGCGUGGUCCAGUCUGUGACUCACCCCCGCCCCAUAGACCGGUGUGCCCGUGCGUGUCAGUGAGCCCCCGCCCUUGUGUGCCCCCCGUCGAAGACUGAGGACUUCCCCCCCGUGCUGCCUGCUGCCGCCGACCUCUGUGACCUGUGAACAGCUGCUGUGGCUCUCCGCACCCUUGGCGUCCGCCGUGAGGACUGAGGACUUGACCAGGACCCCGGGGGCCGCAUGUGUGCCGCUGCCCACCCACCGUCUUUACGCGAGUCACUUUGCCCGGUCCCGCACGGACUUCCCCUUGGCUCCACGAUGUGCGCGGGCCGCGGGGCCACCCGGCUCGAUCUGGACGACCUGGCGCUCGACCACACCGACAUCGGCCAGGCCGUGAGCAAGGUGCUGCAGGGCUACGACUGGACGCUCGUCCCCGUCACCACCAGGGCUGCGUCCAACCAGCGUAAGCUGCACGUCAAGCGGCCCAUGAACGCCUUCAUGGUGUGGGCUCAGGCGGCGCGCCGAAAGUUGGCUGACCAGCACCCGCAGCUACACAACGCCGAGCUCAGCAAGACCCUCGGCAAGCUGUGGAGGCUGCUCAGCGAGCGCGACAAGAAGCCAUUCGUGGAGGAGGCUGAGCGGCUGCGCGUCAUCCACAAGACGGAGCACCCCAACUACAAGUACCAGCCCCGCAGGCGGAAGGCGAAACAGCCGCAGCAGACUCAGGAGGCUUCGCCCAGCCGCCAGCAGCAGAAACAGCAGCAGCACCAGCUCGUCUCGCAGCCACUCAGGGGUGGAUCCUGCGUCUCGCCGUGCACGGUGUCACCCAAUUCCCCGCCGACGCCACCCACCACUCCGCUGUGCGCAGGACCCUCCACUCCGGCGGGGACAUCGCGGGGGUCCCUGGGGGCGGCCUCCUCGUCCGGAGACGAGCUGCUGAGCAUCAAGCACGACUCGGAGCACGAGGAGGCCAUGUACUCGCCCAGCCAGAGCGUGUCAGGGCUGUGCCAGCCGGACGGCAUCGACUUCAGCUCCGCGCUGUGCGACCUGGACCUCGGGCUGCAGGCGGCCAGGGACCUCCGCGACGGCGAGCUGGACCAGUACCUGAGCCCGACCGUGCCGACCACGGCCGCGUCUGCGUGGAGCCUGGGGCCAGCGGUACCGGCGGGACCGUGGAACAACCCCCGCCACCAACAACACAACCACCACCACCACCAUCACCACCACCCCGCGCCCAGCGACCCCCAUGGCGUCAGGUACCACGAGUUGCAGCCUCCCACCGCACCCGCCACCAAGGUGGAGAGGACCACCCUCGCGGACUCACCCUACCACUACCCCUACCUGCCGACCACCACGGGAGUAGGGAACGGCGGGCCCAGCUCCGGCGGCGACUCCUGGUGGACGGGGUGCUUCUAGAGGCUCGGCGCCAUCGGCUUGGUGUCGCACAAGGUCGACGACCAGACAGAGUGCUCCACGCCACCCUCGCGGGACCCUCUUCGCCUCAAUGCUCGAAGCCCAUCGACGAGUGCUCCAAGAGGUACUCCAGAACGCACUUCAAAGACGCCGCUUGGGGGGCUGGGGACCGCCUCGCCUCGCCGUCCUCUUCCUCCUGAACCUCGUGGGGACGACAUGGCAGGCACCGGCUCCUUCCCCCUCCGGACGGCGGGGCUUACCGGCCAGCUGAUGUGGAACAGAUCCGUGGGGUCGGGGCAGCGCGGGCAGAGCGGGCCGCGGGGGCCGCGGGGGCCGUUCCGUGGGUGGGGGCGCGUCCUGGCCCGUGUCCCGGCGCGUCCUGCCCUGCGGCGUCUGGGCCGCGUUAGUGCCAAUGGAGGCGGUCUGCAGUCAGUCAGCCCUACGGCUGCGGGGGGAGAGGGGGGAAAGGGGGAGCUGCCCGACCGGCCGCCUCAUGGAACUUCCAUGAAAAUGCGAAAAGGAUAUCAUACGCAGUGUGCACAACAAAACAAGUCCGCCGCGCUGUCUGCCAGCCGGGUUGCACCGCUUCCCGCCCCCGCCCCGCCCCCGCUAGAGGGAGUGGGGAGUAGGAGGGAAGAGGAGGGUUUGAGGAUAGGGGAAGGGGGGAAGGGGGAGGGGGGUGCGUUUGGAGACUUUGCAGUGUCGAGUCAGGGUUGGGUGGAAACGUGCGACGCGUACUGCGGCUGAACGCCCCGGGUAAACAUCACGAAGGUCAGACCGCCUGGCAGACGAGGAGGAGGGGGGGGGGGGUUCCUCACUCAGCACCCGACUUGAUCCUGAUAUCGAUACAGGAGACAAACAUUUACAGCCACUGCUGUAGCAGUUCAUCCUUGAACAGAGUCAACAAGGUUUUUUUUAUGUUUUUGUUUUUAUUAAGAGAAUAAAAUUGAUUGCUGUUUAUUGCUAGUGUUGUUCACUGCGGAAUACUUAAAGCUAAUGGAUACUAAGGGUCUAGGUAAAAGUUUCGUGGGGAAAGAAUCAAAGAUGACACGCGUUGUCCUAGAAAUAUAGAAUCGAAGUCCGAUUAUUGGUCCUGUUUAUUGUUAUUUUUAUGUAUAUUUAAGAAAGACUGUUUUUGAUUGAGUUUCGACGUCAGUCGUAUACGCAUGGUAACGUUUUGUAUGUUUUAUAUGAAUAAAUGUUAACGUUUCUACAAAAAUAAAA